AUGGCUUACCAAAUCCAGCUACUAUUUGUCCACCUAUGCCUUGCACUCAUAGCUAUCUUGUUGCUUCCCGUGGUGUCUGGCAACUGGAAUGGCUCUGACCAGCUCCGCCUGAGAUGUGGCGCCACCAGCAGUGCCAGUGAUUAUGAUGGUCGAAUAUGGGAAGGAGACACUAACUUAAGGAAGGUACCUCUUCCUGGCUUUUCAGCUAAUGCGUCAUACCUAGACCCCUCGCUUCCUUCUGUAGUACCUUACAUGAAUGCUCGCAUCCUCAGUUCGAACUUCACAUAUCUUCUCGGGGUUGGCCCUGGCCGCAUGUUCCUUCGGCUCUAUUUCUAUCCAACUUCUUAUGGUGAACAUUCAGUUGUGGAUGCUUCGUUUAGUGUCACUGCAGGACUCCAUCGCCUUCUGAGUGACUUUAAUCCUUCCCAGACUGCUCAGGCCACGGGUCGCACUUACCUCAUCCGUGAAUACUCCUUGAAUAUUACUUCACGUGGACUUAACCUCACAUUUUCCCCAUCACCACACCACACUGGCUCUUACGCAUUUGUGAACGGCAUUGAGAUUGUGCCCAGCCCGGAUAUUUUCACGAUACCAGUGCCAAGAUUUGUGAAUGGUGGGUUCCCAGAUCUAAUCCCGAUUUCCUCCAUCAUAAGCCUUGAAACAAUGUACCGUCUUAAUGUUGGGGGUGCGACACUCUCUACAGAUGAUGAUCCUGACUUUUACCGCUCAUGGGAAGAUGACUCCCGCUAUAUUUAUGGAUCUUCACGUGGCAUGACUUUUUUCAAAGAUAGCAGUGUCACAAUCAGUUACCCACUUAGUAUAUCACACUACAUAGCACCGAUCGACGUCUAUUGGACAGCAAGAUCUAUGGGGAUAAAUGCACGUAUCAACAUGAUGUACAAUCUUACAUGGAUUUUGCCAGUCGAUGCAGGGUUUUACUACCUUUUGAGGUUCCAUUUCUGUGAGAUACAAUAUCCAAUAACCAAGGUAAACCAGAGGAAUUUCUUCAUAUACAUCAACAACGAGACAGCAGUGCAGAUGGAUGUCAUUCGUUCGAGUGGAGGAGCUGGUAUACCAAUUUACACCAACUACAUCAUUAUCACAGUUGGUCAUGGCCAGACAGAUCUGUGGAUAGCACUGCACUCUGAUCUCAGUACCCGUCCAGAAUAUUAUGAUGCAAUUCUGAAUGGCCUGGAGGUCUUCAAGCUACAGGAUAACAGCAACAACAAUCUUGCAGGGGUCAAGCCUACGCUGAAGAAAAAUCAUGAUGGGAAAGCAUCUCAUGGUCAAAAUAAAACAUAUAAUAGAAUCCCAGCAAUCGCUGGAGGUGGAGCUGUUGUUGGUUUCUUGGCCCUAUUGAUUGCAUGUUUCUGCGUUAUGUACAGACGGAAGAAAACUAAAUAUUCGCAUGGCAAGACCAACUGGAACCCUCCAAAGGGACACGGAGAAUUGGCAUCAACUACCUCACACACAAAGGAUUUGAAGCUUUGCCACCACUUCUCGUUCAUGCAAAUCCAGGAAGCCACCAACAACUUCGAUGAGGCCUUUCUCCUAGGCAAAGGUGGGUUUGGGAAUGUAUACCACGGUCAGAUAGCUGGUGGGAAGAAGGUGGCAAUCAAGCGUGGUAACCCGCUGUCCAGGCAGGGCAUCCAGGAAUUUCGGAAUGAAAUCGAGAUGUUAACCAAUCUCCGGCAUCGCCACCUUGUGUCACUAAUUGGCUAUUGUGAUGAGGAGUCUGAGAUGAUUUUGUUGUACGAUUACAUGGCCAAUGGGACACUUCAGGAGCACUUGUACAACACCAACAAACCACCAUUGCCAUGGGAGGACCGCCUUGUCAUAUGCAUUGGGGUCGCACUGGGGCUGCACUACCUGCACACCGGUGCAAAACAGACCAUCAUCCACCGUGAUGUGAAGAGUACUAACAUUUUGUUGGAUGACAAGUGGGUGGCAAAGGUUUCGGACUUUGGGUUGUCUAAGGCUAGUAAAGACGUGGACAAUACCCAUGUGAGCACUGUUGUGAAAGGCACCUUUGGAUAUCUAGAUCCUGAGUACUUCCGGAAGCAGCGACUCACCAACAAAUCAGAUGUGUACUCCUUUGGGGUUGUUUUGUUUGAGGUUCUGUGCGCACGUCCAGUAAUAGAUCCUGAGCUUCCUGAGGAGCAAGUGGGCUUGCGUGAAUGGGCACUGUCCUGUCAGAGAAAAGGCGUGCUCAACGAGAUCAUCGACCCCUAUCUUAUGGACAAAAUCACCCCCCAGUGCUUCAGAAAAUUUGCAGAGACCGCGGAGCAAUGUGUUGCUGAACAUAGCGUGGAUAGGCCAUCUAUGGGUGAUGUCCUGUGGAGCCUCCAGGUCGCACUACAGCUGCAGGAGGAUGACUGCAAUCUCUCCGAGGAGACACCAUUGUUGAACACGUCAUCACUCAUGGCCACCAGGGUUCGACCAUCUUCAGGUUCAACAGUGAGCAUCUCAGGACAGAAAGUUGUAUUCUCAGAGAUCAUGCAUCCAGAUGGCCGAUAA